CACGUCGUGGCGUUCAUGCUGUGUGUUUCCCUCUCCAGAACGGCCCAAAGGGUGACUGAGAGCCCCCCAGCAGGCAGGCCUGAGUACCAGUCAGCAGAGGAGAAGGCGUCCAGCAGGCCGUCCCGGUCCCCUCUGAAGAGUCCCAACAAAGGCAGAAACAUGCAGUGCAAAGUCUCGCUCCUGGAUGGGACCGAGUACACCUGUGUGGUGGAGAAGCGGGCCAGGGGCCAACUCCUGUUUGACAAAGUGUGCGAUCACCUCAAUCUUCUGGAGAAGGACUACUUUGGUCUCACCUUCCGGGACGUGGAAAACCAGAAGAACUGGCUGGACCCUGCCAAGGAACUGAAGAAGCAGAUAAGAAGUGGCGCUUGGAGUUUCGCUUUCAAUGUGAAGUUCUACCCUCCGGACCCUGCGCAGUUGUCUGAGGAUAUCACAAGGUAUUACCUGUGCCUGCAGCUACGUGACGACGUCGUGUCGGGCCGCCUGCCCUGCUCCUUUGCCACACACACCGUCCUGGGCUCCUAUACAGUCCAGUCGGAGCUGGGGGACUACGACCCGGAAGAGCUGGCCGCCGACUAUGCCAGCGAGUUCCGCUUCGCGCCCAACCAGACCAAGGAGCUUGAGGAAAAAGUGAUGGACCUCCACAAAAACUACAAAGGAAUGACGCCUGCCGAAGCAGAAAUGCACUUCCUAGAAAACGCCAAGAAGCUCUCCAUGUAUGGAGUGGACCUCCAUCAUGCCAAGUUGAUAGGAAGCUUCUUUGAGUGCUUGGCUCCAGCUAAGAGGGAGGACUCCGAGGGUGUCGAGAUAAUGCUCGGGGUCUGUGCCAGCGGACUGCUCAUCUACCGCGACCGGCUGCGCAUUAACAGGUUCGCCUGGCCGAAGGUUCUCAAGAUCUCCUACAAGAGGAACAACUUCUACAUCAAGAUUCGCCCAGGGGAGUUUGAACAAUUUGAGAGCACCAUCGGCUUCAAGCUCCCUAACCACAGAGCGGCCAAGAGGCUCUGGAAAGUCUGCGUGGAGCAUCACACAUUUUUCAGGCUGGUGUCCCCGGAGGCCCCCCCUAAGAAGUUCCUCACGCUGGGCUCCAAGUUCCGCUACAGUGGCCGCACGCAGGCCCAGACCCGGUGGGCCAGCUCAAAGAUCAUGCGGCCCGCGCCAUACUUCGAGCGCUCCGCCAGCAAACGCUACACCAUGUCCCGCAGCCUGGACGGGGAGGUGGGUACUGUCCAGUACAGCACUGCCAAGGCCAUCGCCACCAGUGACCUGAUCACCACCGUAACGCCAGAGAAGAAGGCGGAGGAAGAAAGGGCUGAGGAAGAGGAGGAGAAGACGAAUGCCACAGAGGCGUCGGAGCCAGCCCCAACCACGCCGGUCAAAUACGACACCAAGUCCCACCCCUUCUCCCCCGACCCGCUGUCCCCUGAGCUGUCCCUGCCUUCCUCCCCGGUGUCGUCCGCCCGCGUGCGGCGGAGGCGUAGGGGGGGUUCCCGGCAGCGAGCCAUGUCGGUUAGCCCUGCCAAGAGCGGCGCGGGCUGCCGGUGGCGGCAGGCUUGCGCGGACCGCCGGGAGGCGCUCCUGGAGGAGCAGGCCCUACUGCUGUCCGCCCGCAAACAGCGGCUGGACCCCCGGAAGGGCGGCACCCUCUUCUCCUUCUCCCUGCACCUCCCUGACCUGUCUACUUUUCUGGACGAGGAUGGCUACCUCGCCUUCCCCGACCUGUCUGAGAUCCGCCUGCUCCCUGAGAGCGUGCAACACCUCCUUCCCAUCCGCUCUCCCUCUCUCAUCCCCUGCUUCCUCUUCAUCUUCUUCUUCUUGCUCUCCACCUCCUUCUCCGUCCCCUACGCUCUCACGCUCUCCUUCCCCCUGGCUCUUUGCCUCUGCUUCCUGGAGCCCAAGGCGGCCUCCUUGGGCACCUCGCUUGCCCAGGGCCUGAAUUACAGUUCAGAGGAAGAGACCGACAGUGAGCAGACUGACUUUGCGUGCGACGGAGAAACGACGGCCACAGAGUCGGACCAGGAGGAGGAGUCAGAAAUGAGGACUCAGUAUAGCUUCAUAAGGCGAGUGAAAGGGGACAAUGUAUUUGUGAAACACAGUAAUCUGAUGCUAGAGGAAUCUGCAACCCCAGAGGAGCUUGUCAAACGGCAGACCAAUAUAAGCGAGUUAAAGAGGUCGUUUUUGGAGACUGGCUCGGACACUUCCGGGCUCACAGAAUGGGAGAAGAGGCUGUCCGCGUCCCCCGUGAGGUCCCCAAGGCUGGAUGAGGCACCCAUGAUCGAGCCCCUCACACCCGAGGAUACCAAAGAAGACUCUGAAGCAACCGACAUGGACAUCCUGAAGCACAACGCCAGUGUUCCUGACGGCAAACCUGUCCAGCCUAAGCCGGCCUCUGAGAUGUCGCCACAGCUAGCUGUUCUGUUAGCAUCUGCGAGAGGUCAAACCGGCUCAAUGGGAUGGGUCACCUCUCCUUCACAUAGUCAGACCAUUUCCAAGACGACAGAAACGGUAACAGCGAAGGCACAUCCGUCUGUGGAAGCCGAGCAGCCAAACACCACCUCCAUAAGAAAGUCCCCAGUGCUGGAGACGGAGACUGUGAAUUUCCGUAGCACGGAGGGAAAAGAGGAGUUUGCCAUCAAGGAUGUUCCAGUCGUCCACACGGAAACAAAGACCAUUACUUAUGAAUCAUCAAUGGGUGAUGCCAGCUGUGACUCUGACCCUGGGUUGCUGAUGAGUGCGCAGACCAUCACCUCGGAGACGACAAGCACCACCACAACGACACACAUAACAAAGACUGUUAAAGGAGGCAUCUCAGAAACUAGAAUCGAGAAGAGAAUUGUCAUCACUGGAGAUGCAGACAUUGACCACGAUCAGGCGCUGGCUCAGGCCAUUAAGGAAGCCAAAGAGCAGCACCCUGACAUGUCAGUGACCAAAGUAGUGGUACAUAAAGAGACAGAGAUCACGCCCGUGGAGGGGGAAGAGUGAUGCAGGAAUGAGACCCACAGUUGAGAGGACUUUUUUUUUUUUUUUUUUUUUUCUUAAGAAAUAAACACACCCAAGAGGAAUUUUAUUUUGACGCCAACAUACAUUCUACAGAAAUUUCACUGCUUUGGACUAAUAAUCGUCCCACCUUUAAAAAUUUACCUUUGGGGAAACGGGCUGAUGUAUUCUCAAAUCUAGCUGAUCCAUCCAUGGAAAAUGCAUAUUGCAUGACAAAAAAAGCAAUUUUGCAUUUUGUUAGACAAUGAAAUUGUAACUGGCUCGUAAUCCACCUGCACGCUCAAACAGGCAGAAGUGUCAAGGGAAGAUGACUCUUUCUACCAACUUAUGAACUGAAGUAUUUUAAAAUGGCAUCAUUUCUUUACCUUCAUUUUAUAUGACAGAACCUACCACUCCAGAAGAUGCUACAGGCCAUACAAGAGUGCAGUAUUUAACCAUUCAGUAGAUGUGCCAACCAAAUUGCCAAGCUAUCUCCAUUAUUUUACUGAUCUUAAUCAUCUUGCCUGCCAAACAAUAGUAACAAUAAAUGAACCUUAAAUUUUAAAAAGGUUGGAAUAUAAUGCGUACAUUUGCUUAUUAGGCAAGAAGUGUGCUUAAUUUUUCUCCUUUGUUUUUACUGUAUUUUCCCACCAAUUAUCCCACAAUAAAGAUGAAAACGCUAAAUGUAUAAUAUUUUUGUGUAAGUUAAAACAAAGAUUGAAAGCUAUUGCUUGGGGAUCUUAUCCUGUGACACAUACAUGGGCCACAUCUGUAUAAUUAGCAGACCCUCACACUUGGCUGAGCCUUCAUCAGUGCAGUGUGGACAGCGUCUGCGUGAAUCGUGUGCUCUAUCCCGUCAGCUGCAGUACCAUCCAUAUGAAAUGUUUUUUCCACAUUAGUGAAAUAAAAGUGGCAGAUGCAUUUUUUUUGUGAUUUUACUUUGUCGUCUUUUUAAUAAAAUAUACCAAUGGGGAAAAA